AUGAUCAAAAUAAUAGACUUUGGACUGGCGAGUUUGUUUAGGAAUGAAACAACUCAUGACGAAAAAUUAUUGACGACUUAUUGUGGCACAAGACCUUAUAUAUCACCGGAGGUUUACUCUCGAUUACCCUAUCGGGAUGAACCUGCUGAUAUAUGGUCUUCUGCCAUUAUUCAAAUAUUCAUGUUGACCGGAAACUUACCAUGGAGUGAACCAUCUGAUAAAGAUCGAAGCUAUCAAUUAUGGUUCUAUGACAAAUUAACUGGUGAUUGUCGUCAAAAACUUGUUCAAUGGCGUGAUAAUUGUUGUAAAAUGAUAAAUCAAUUAUAUGAACAAAAAAUUCAUGAACUUGAUCAACGUUGUUUACAAAAACUUGAUGAACAACGAACACAAUUAAAUCAAAUACCUAUAUGUCAUAUUCAGGAUGGAAUAAAAACUAUUGAAAAUACACGUUUACAACUCGAAAUUCGUCCAUUAACAAUAGAUGAUAGUUUGGUUUUUAUUGAAGAAUUUGAACCAAAUAAAUGUAAUUUAGUAAAUCUGACAAUACCUUAUCGAACAAUUGACUGUUCAGGUGAAUGGGGACCUGUGCUUGCUAAUAAUAAUCGAUACUUAUUGGUAGAUCGACAUCCAAAUUUAUGUUUAAUUAAUCAAAAACUUGAAAUAAUUAAAAAAUCUCCAUGGGAAUUCGAUUUUAUUCGUGAUAUUUGUUGGUCAUCAACAUUAAAUUGUUUUAUUGUAAAAACUAGAACUCGUGAAAUUUAUCUUAUUAAUGAAAAAACAUUAGCAACAGAACUUGUUCAAACUAUUGAAGAACAAGAUUGGUCAUCUUGUACAUGUUCUGAUACAUCUUUUUAUUUAACUGCACGUCGAGAAGGAACAAAUAUUUUUGAAUUUAAUCUUUUAUCUUCAUUUGCUUUGAUAAAACGAUGGAAACCUCCACAUUCAUGUAAAUAUUAUAAAGUUAUGCUUAAUACUGCAUAUAAAAAUAAAACACUUGCUUUAGUUAUUUCACAUUCUACCACUAGUAUUGUACAUUUAGAACGUCAUUCAUCAAUAACACUCGAUCGACUUUGGUUACUUGACCUUAAUAUUUCACAUACAAUUGGUCAACCAUUAAUACGUUGUUCUUCAUUGACAUGUGAUGAAUGGAUUGUUGUGGAUAACAAUACUUCACAAUUAGGGUGUGGGUGUGGGUGUGGGUGUGGGUGUGGGUGUGGGUGUGGGUGUGGGUGUGGGUGUGGGUGUGGGUGU